AAACGUGGCUGCCUUGCGAGUGAACGAAGGAGUGGCUUUGCGAUCUGUCAAAUUAAGUGAUUUCUUUGUGAAAAUUAAUGACUCGUCGUAUUAAUUAAAUUGUUACCGUGUGCUUGUUACUGAUAACUUAUCGUACAGUAGUUCUGUCAGACACGAAAAAUGUCGUCUUCGGGUGAUUUUGGAAACCCGUUGCGUAAAUUCAAGCUUGUCUUUCUCGGUGAACAGAGCGUUGGAAAAACGUCUCUUAUCACACGGUUUAUGUAUGACAGCUUUGACAACACUUAUCAGGCUACAAUAGGUAUAGAUUUUUUAAGCAAAACUAUGUAUCUGGAGGAUAGAACUGUAAGAUUACAGCUGUGGGACACUGCUGGCCAAGAACGGUUUAGAUCUUUGAUACCUAGUUAUAUCAGAGAUUCCACAGUAGCAGUUGUUGUAUAUGAUAUUACUAAUCCAAAUUCAUUUCAUCAAACAUCAAAAUGGAUAGAUGAUGUACGGACUGAAAGAGGAAGUGAUGUAAUUAUUAUGUUAGUCGGUAAUAAGACAGAUUUGAGUGAUAAAAGACAAGUAUCUAUGGAAGAAGGAGAACGAAAAGCUAAAGAAUUAAAUGUAAUGUUUAUUGAAACUAGUGCUAAAGCUGGAUAUAAUGUGAAACAGCUGUUUAGAAGAGUAGCAGCAGCUUUACCAGGCAUGGAUUCCACUGAAAAUAAACCUCCUGAAGACACUGUCGAUUUGCAGAAUCAAUCACCGAUGCAGAACGGCUCCGAGUCGGAGGGAGAGAGCGGCUGUAUUUGCUAGGAAGGUGGUUUAUAAUCAGUGUGCAGCUAAAAUAAUGCUAAACUUCUUGAGACAUUCUCAGAUACGAACCAAAAAGAAAGGGAGAGAGAAAGAGAGGAAAAAAAAGAAAAAACAUAAAAGAAAUUCAUCACAAGUACUCUUAACGAGAUGCUGGCUUCUUCUGAUGUCUACAUCGUGGCCCAAAUAAGUUACGCGCAAGAGGAAAGAAAGGACACGAACACACACGUCUCAUCGACACCGUUUCUCACCGACUACUGUCCCUGGAAUCCCUUAAUCAUUGUUAUUAAACGAUAAGGAACAGCUUCGUGCGUUUCAUAUAGUGCGUAUAGUUACGUUCUUAUAAUCUGCCAGAAACGCUCUUCGACGAGAGCUAGCGAUUUUUUCUCUCAUUAAUUAUGCGAACCGAAAAUCGACACGCAUCGAUGUGAAAUUCAAUGUCACGAUGAUAGGGUGGCCUUUUUUUCAGCAAGACACCUUUGUACCGUGUUCUCAAGCGAUCGAAGCAAUACGCAACAGCUUUUCGACAUAUCAUGAUCUUCGAAUUCCUCAAGCAUUCAUACGUUUUAAUAUCAUCCUAUCAUCGUUCGUUUGAUUCGGGAACAUUUACCGAGCGGCGAAAAAUCUCUAUUCGACACGCACAAGACACCGAGAAAUGCUUUAGACGAGAUUCUUUAGGUACACACACGAGAAUCUAGGUAUAAACGUGAAACGACUGAAAGUAAAACGUGUUUAAUAGCCCACCGGUAGUCGAGGAAUGAAAACACGAUCGAACGACCUAUUUCUGAUCAGUUGCGAAUCAUGUAAUAUUGUAAUUCUUGUAGAACGUGCUUCGUUCGACGGAUGUAUGAUAUCGUAAUCGUAAUUAAACGACAUUUAUAGACGUUUUUCGAUAUCUCUCGAUUAAAAUUAAGCGACCGACUCGACACGCGUAUGAAUCGAGAAAGAAGACGCGUGUUAGAAAGUAACGCGACUUACUUUCCAAAAGGAGACUGUGCUCGAUCGUUUCUUGUAUCGGAUUGAGUAAAUUUCUUACGUGUAAAUCUAGCGAAUUUGAUUUUCUACCAGCUUGGCACACUUUCGUUCGCUGGCGUGCAUUUUUGUAAACGAUUAAUAGAAGAAAUAAGUUCGAAGUUGGACGCGUCUUCUUUCUACGAGAAUACCGAUAGAAAUUUGGAAAGCGGUAGCAGAAAAUGCGAGCGUAAUUAUAAAACUAUCGCUAGGUACAACGAGCGAACACCUUUUUUUAAAAACGCGACGAAUCGAGGGGGAUAGAGUUGUGAAAACGGGGGUGAGAAGGUUGAGUCGCGAUGUUCGAGAGUGCCACGAGAGAAGCGGGCCAAUUUUUGCACCUGCUAUGUUAGAACUUAGAAAAUGAAAAAUUCGUAGACGCGUGGGAAGGAGAGAGUAACGCGAGGACGAGAAAGCUUCGCUCGUCGACGUUGGCGAGCGCAAGUUUCUUCGGUGUCGUCGUUGUACAUUUGAUGUGAUAAGGCUUCUUUUUUCUCGAGAAAAACGGAAUAGAAGUUGAGUCGUGCGUUGUAACUCAUUAAUCCGCCGUGCUUAAUGCAAGCUCUACGUGCCCUAGCACCAUUUUCUCAACGUUCUACUGUCUCUCUAGCGCAACCCAUUUUGUAUAACGUGUCGUGAAGCGUUGAUUCGCACCAUAAUGUAUCGUGUGCAGCACCCGAGGAUGCCGGAAGUUAAAUGAUACGAGUCUAGAGUAGAAUAGAGUACUAACAAUAAGUUGUCUCGAAAAUUCAGAAGUCUAGAAUCCAGUGGACCCGUAUCAUGUGACGUCCAAAGUCCUCGCGUUUUGUUAACGAGUUUUAAACGUAUAUACGAAGCGUAUAUUUUUCUUUGAUUCGACUUCACGAGCGGAGAAGAUACUCGUUCGCGUACUGCUAUAACAGUGACCCGCGAUCUUUCAUCAUAUUUCAAUAAUUGCAAAGCUCACGCCUAAACAAGAAUCACCUUUCAUCUUCCAAGAUGCGAGCAGUACCUUCUCCGUUCUAGCGAAGAUAGAAUAGAUAAAAAUACGCUGAUCUAGUGGAAACGAUCGACCCGUCGAUCGUUCGCUGAUCCACGGUUGCUUGCUUUCAGGGGCGCAAUGAGAUUGACGGUCUUUCGGUUUCAAGUUUCACCCUUUCGCCACGGUAGAGUGGGUAGAGAAAAUUUGGAUUAUAAUUGACACCUUAAUUUUUCAUUAACGAUAAUUAACUGAUCGAACGCAGUGAUAAAGGAUUAGAGGAAUUUCAGAAAUCUUUGAACCAGAUAUUAUUUAGUUAUAUUUAUAGGAAGAUACUUAGCGGUGUUAAUGAUAAGUUAUGCUUAAAGAAAGAGCAAUAAAUUUCGUUUAGUCGAUUCGCGAGGAAAAAUGUUUCUUCGUGGCGAAAGGGUUAACAGAGAUUCGAUAGUCGUGUAGCGACCGAUGAUUUGUAGAAUUUCAAAGGAUUCUUGUGAAUGUAAUUUGCAAGGCAGCCGCGUUAAGUGGCUAAAUUUAUCGUAGCUGAUGUUUCUUAGUUAAAUAGAGGUAUUCGCUGUAUCGUCUCUUUGCAAUUCAAUUGUCAAACUUAACGUAGCAGUAGGGUGCGAUAUUUAUUGAUUGUAAACGUUAACCCUUCGACUCUUCGAAAUUCCACGAUUUUUAUCGUAUAUAGCCACCCCGGUUUCAUAACUUAUUAAGUAGCUUUAAAAUACAUUGGGAAAGACGAGCUUUACAGUAUUCUCUUAUGUGUUCAUUUUCUCACUUUUUAUACAACGAUUAUUCGUAUCGUUUCUGUGGCGCGGUGUCUCGUUUAUCGUCUUUCGAUUGGACGAAGGAAUUCCCGGCUCGAAGGGUUAAGUACCAAGGCUUUAAGUUUCCGAUACAUUAUAAUAAAAUAGGAACUAAUGUACGCUUUUGUUUAACGUGAUCAAACGAGAUCUUGCAGAAAUAUAAUUGAAAAUGAAAACAAA